UUAUUGAUUAUGUUGUGCAGUUUACAAAUCUGAAAUGUUGCUACUAUUUUUAUAAGUCUGCAUUUUAUAUUUUGACUUCAUGCAGAGAUGGGUGAUGAAAAUAAAUCUUUUUGUAUGAAUAAGUUAAGUGUUCCUACAAAAGAAGAAAUGACUGAUGAAAAUGUGUCUGUUUGUAAAAGUAACUUGAGUGUUUCUAUAAAAGAAGAAAUGACUGAUGAAAAUGAAUAUAUUUGUGUAAAUAGUUCAAUUAACUUUAGUGAUUCUAUAAAGGAAGAAAUGACAGAUGAAAAUGAGUCUACUUGCAUUAACAGAUUUAGUAUUUUCAUAAAAGAAGAAAGACCUGAUGAAAAUGUGUCUGAUUUUCUGCCUCAUGGUAUGAAACAGGAGAAAAGACAACAUCCUGGAGGACUUAUUCGUAUGAAACAAGAAGAACUUCUCAUUUCAGAUGUGGAUCCCACAGUGGAUACCAAUGAAGGACUUCAAGAUGAUUAUGGUUCCAAGAAUUCUCUCGAUAAGGUAAAGGAGAUUAGUGAGGGUCACUUGACAACCAAAACAAACAUAGCUUUAAUGGAUGAUCCAACACAUUCAAUGUCUUCUGGUAAAAUUGAGAAUAUUUAUUAUAAAUGUAAUGAUUGUGGUGGCUAUGUAAGGUUAUCAGCUGGUAAUUUAAAACCACUUAUAACAUCGCAUCAGAAAGAUGAGGAGCACUGUAAAACUAUCCAUUUUGACUACAAAUCUGAAGCAUCUAGACAAGCUAAUCAUACAGAGAAGGAACAUCAUCAGUGUCCUCACUUUGAUUAUAAAUCAAUGCAAUUUUCAUUAAAGCCUGAUCAAUUUCUUCAUUGUGAAUAUCAAUCAGUAUCUGCUGGGAAUUUGAAAAAACGUAUAAUGGCUCUUCAUACGGAAAAAAGGCCUUACCAUUGUCCUCAUUGUAAAUAUAAAUCAGAAUUUGCUGGGAAUUUGAAAAAACAUAUUCAGGCCGUACACACAGGAGAAAAGCCUAAUCAGUGUCCCUAUUGUGAAUAUAAAUCAGCAUAUGCCGGGUGUUUGAAGAACCAUAUUGUUGCUUUUCACGCAGAUGAAAAUCCUGAUCAGUGUCCUUUUUGUGGAUACAAAUCAGUGUCUGCUGGGAAUUUGAAAAAACAUAUUACGGUCUGUCAGACAUUUGAAAAGUUUCAGCGAUGUCCUCAUUGUGAAUACAAAUCGGUAUCUGCUGGGAAUUUGAAAAUACAUAUUAUGUCAUGGCACACAGGAGAAAAGCCUCACCAUUGCCCUCAUUGUGAAUAUAAAUCAGUAUGUACUGGGAAUUUGAAAAAACAUAUUAUGGCCUGGCACACAGGAGAAAAGCCUCACCAAUGUCCUCAUUGUGAAUAUAAGGCGGUACAAAAAGGUACUUUAAAUUAUCAUAUUAAUAACAACCAUACAAAGGAAAAGUCUCAUCAAUGUCCUCAAUGUGAUUACAAAUCAGUAAGUUCUGUGCAGUUAAAAAAACAUGUAAUGGCCCUUCAUACAGGUGAAAAACCUCACCACUGCCCUUAUUGUGAAUACAAGGCAGUACAAAUGGGUAAUUUAAAACUUCAUGUUAUUAACCGUCAUACAGAUAGAAAACCUCAUCAAUGCCCUCAUUGUAAUUAUGAAUCAAUUCAUUUUAAUACAAUAAAAAGUCAUAUGAAGGCCGUUCAUUCAAAUGAAAAGCCUUAUCACUGUCCUGAUUGUAAAUAUAGGACAGCACAUGCUACAAGCUUAAAAAAUCAUAUUAAGGCACAUCAUACAAAGGAAAAAACUUUUUCAUGUCCUUAUUGUAGUUAUAAAUCAAGAAAUUCUUCAGUAUUAAAAAGACAUAUAAUGGCUCGUCACACGGGUGAAAAGCCUUAUCACUGUCCUUAUUGUGACUAUAAAGCAGUACAAAACUCUUUGUUAAAAAAUCAUAUGUUCCAUCAUACAAAUAAGAAAUGUCAUCGAUGUCCUCAAUGUUGUUAUAAAACAGUAAAUCCUUUAUUUUUGAAAAGACAUAUAAAAGUGCAUGAUAAGAGUGUGAAGACUUAUCCAUGUCCUCAUUGUGAUUAUAAAGAUACGAGGGUAAAACCUUUGAAGCUUCACAUAAUGUCAGAACAUAGAGGAGUCAAACUUUUUCAAUGCUUUCAUUGUGAAUUCAAAUCACUUAAACGAUCAUCAUUGAAAUUACAUAUAAGGGCCUGUCAUAAAAUUUAAAAAUCCUUCUUACUGUUCUUAAUGUAUCAAUAAGAUGUUAAGAAUUAAUGUUUUAAGAACUGUGCUAGUCAUUUACUUUAUAUUUGAUACUACCUGUUUCCGGCCAUGCGUUGCUGUGUCUCAUUCUGAUUAAAUAGAAAAAGAAAGAUAUAUCUAACGGAUUUACCAGUACAAAUACAGCAUCUCCACACGUGACUCGUUUGCUUCGAAACUAACAAAGCAUGCCAUAAUCACCAAAAAUGACUUAUUUUGAAAGCUAUAUUUAUUAAUUUGGAAAAAAUAAUCUGGUGAACCACAAAGUAGAUAAAGAAACUAUUUGUAAUAUAUAUUCCUACAUUUUCUGUCUCAAACAAUAUCCUGAAUUUUUAAUUUUCCUAUUUUCUCUGUCAAUUUACAAAUACUAUUCCUCUGUUUAUUUUACUCACACACAUAUAU